CUGGGCACGCUAGUCAGUUUCGACCGCGUCUGAUUUGCCCGCAACGCCUGUGUUGCGAGCUGCUUCCUUCAGGUCGGCACCUGGACGAGCCCGAGGCGAGGGCUAGCGCCGUGUACAACGGAGAAGGAUCCUCGACGUUUACAGCUCCAUGCUCUCUCCCCGAACCAAGAAUAGGCCUAAUUUCCGCCCCGCCACAGGGACGACAGCGGAAACAGAGCGGACGUUUGACGCGUCGGGUGGCGGGAGGACGUCUAUAAAGGCGUAGUCGUCUGCGAGGGCGGGGCUGCUCCUUUCCUCCCCCGCGAUCGGACUAUCCAAAGCCACUCAUCGCGACGAGUCUGCACAGAGAGGUGACCGUCACGCGAACCACCUGCUAUCGUCGCUGCUAUCCCGCGUCGACAGAGGACUACGGCGAGCCGAGGAAGACAGCAAGGAUGCCGUACUUUUUGCGCAACCUGAUACCCAAGAGGGAGAAGCGGGAGGACCGUCGACCGAUCCUGCAGGUGCUGGGGACCUUGACCUUGGUGCAGUGGGCGUUGUUCUUCUCGGGAUGGCUAGCAUGGACGUGCGAUGCGAUCGACUUCUUCUCCGUAUCGCUCUCCGUUAAGCGCCUCUCCGUUCAGUUUGGUGACCGUCCGAUACACGACAUUACGCAAUCCAUUACACUCACCCUCCUUUUCCGCUCCGUUUGCGCCAUCCUCUUCGGCAUCAUCUCUGACCGCUUCGGCCGCAAAUGGCCUCUCGUCAUCAACCUCCUCAUCAUCGCCGUCCUCGAACUGGGAGCCGGCUUCAUGCAGACCUUCGCCCAAUUCCUCGCCCUGCGGUCGCUGUUUGGUAUCGGCAUGGGCGGCAUCUGGGGCCUCGCCGCCGCGACCGCGCUCGAGAACUUGCCCGUCGAGGUGCGCGGGCUGGCGAGCGGGAUCCUGCAGCAGGGCUACGCGGUGGGCUACCUUCUCGCCGCGGUCAUCAACCUGAAGCUUGUCCCGAGCACGAGUGAGUCGUGGCGCACGUUGUUUUGGACGGCGGCCGGGAUCUCGUUCUUCGCGGCGGGAGUAAGGCUGGUACUACCGGAAAGCGAAGUGUUCAUCCGAGUGAGGGAGGCGAAGAGGGCGGCGGGGAUGGCGGGUGGUGCGGGAGAGAGCAAGACGAAGGUGUUCCUACGGGAGACGCGGCAAAUGCUGAGAAAACAUUGGCUCCUGUGCAUCUACGCGGUCUUGUUGAUGAGCGGCUUCAACUUCCUUUCGCACGGCAGCCAGGACCUGUAUCCGACCUAUUUGCAAGUGUCUAAGGGCUUUACAGACCACCAGGCCUCGGUAGCGACUAUCAUUGGCAACUGCGGUGCCAUCGCCGGCGGUGUCCUCGCCGGUUUCCUCUCCCAGUAUCUCGGCCGUCGCCUCACCAUCGUUGCCUUCGUCUGCCUUCUCGCAGCCUUCAUCCCACUAUGGAUCCUGCCCAGCGGUUUCAGCGCCCUCGCUGCUGGCGCGUUCUGCGUGCAGUUUGGCGUGCAGGGGGCGUGGGGUGUGAUCCCAAUCCAGCUGGCGGAGAUGUCGCCGCCGGCUUUUAGGGCGACGUUCCCGGGGGUGGCGUACCAGCUCGGCAACAUGGUUUCCUCUGCUUCUGCCCAAAUCGAGGCCACUGGCGGCGACCACCAGCGCACCACGCUCAAGAACCCCGACGGCACGCCCGUCAUCAAGGACGGGCAGCCGGUCGAUAUUCCUGACUAUGCGAAGGUGCAGGGGAUCCUGAUCGGCGUGGUCGCGGCGUUUGUGAUUCUGGUGACGAUUAUUGGUCCCGAGAACCAUGGGUCGCACUUUGAGAAGCCGGAGGUCUAUGUGGAGGAGGGUGCCAAGGCUGGGGCGGGAGACGUGGAAAGUGCCAGUGAGGGCGAUACGGAGAAGGGAGGGAGAGUGGGCGAGACCGAAGUCGUCGACUCCAGGCCUGCGAGUGUGAGGUAUGAUAACGGGCAGUAUGGGGCUGGGCAGAAGGCGUGAACGAUAGGGGGUCGGGCUACCACUUGUGCUUUGGGCUACGGGAUCUUGAU